UAUUGAUAUGAUCACCGGACAUACCAGCCCAUACGUAUCACCGGGCGUCGCGUCACACCUCUUCUGCUCUACAAACCUUCAAGACAUUCAGGUUCACAACAUCUGCUCCGGCGACAGUAAAACGUCGCUAAUCAGCUCCACCGGAGACCGAGCGAAUAACUAUUUGUCUUAAUACCAUGUUAGGUAGAGCUCAAGUUUAAAACAUACGUUAUUUGAGUAAGAAGGAACAAAUGGCUUACUCCUCAUCUACUCAAUUGGUAUUGCACUGGUUUCCAUAUAAAGACUUAGUGGGAAAAUGUUCUAAAAACUAUGGUAUUCAACAAUGCCUUAUGUUUAAUAAAAGAAAAAGAGCCCAUUUGUCUCCCCGGAUUUUAUAUCAGGAUGAAAUAUUUUCUUGCAAAACAAGUCAUCAUCAUAAGUUGCAUAAUUUCUAUAAAGUUUUGAGAUCUGUGAUAGUUAGAUCAGAAAUUGCUGGAAGUGGAUCCACUUCAGCUGCAUAUCAUUUGCCAGAGUUCCAAUUGAUCUCAAAAGUUAGAGGGGUUUGCUUUUAUAGCGUUACAUCAAUUAUUGCUUUAUUUUUAUUUGUGUUAAUGGUGAUAUCACAUCCAUUUGUGGUGUUAAGAGAUGGAUACCAAAGAAACUUUCAUCAUUUGAUUGCUAAAAUUUGGGCAUGUAUGAGUGUUUAUCCAUUUUUUAAAGUAAAGAUUCAAGGGUUUGAAAAUCUACCCCCGAAGAAUUCUCCAGCUGUAUAUGUCUCCAAUCACCAGAGUUUUUUGGACAUUUAUGCCCUUCUGACUUUAGGCAGAAACCACAAGUUCAUUAGCAAGACUGCAAUCUUCCUUUUUCCGGUUGUUGGGUGGGCCAUGUUUUUAAUGGGUCUUAUUCCCCUUAAGCGUAUGGACAGCAGGAGCCAAUUGCAAACUUUAAAAAGAUGCAUGGAGCUUGUUAAAAAUGGUGGAUCCGUUUUCUUUUUUCCCGAGGGUACUCGGAGUAAAGAUGGACGUUUGGGCACAUUUAAGAAAGGUGCAUUCAGUAUUGCAGCAAAAACCGGAGUACCAGUGGUUCCAAUCACUCUUGUUGGAACUGGGAAAAUAAUGCCAGCUGGCAUGGAGACAAUAUUAAACCCCGGAUCAGUGAAAAUUAUCAUCCAUCCAUCUAUACAAGGAGAUAACCCCGAUAGUCUAUGCAAUGAGGUCAAAAACGUAAUUACAAACGAGCUUAUUAACCAAGCUUAAAUUUUGUCAUCUUCUUCUACUGUCGAACUAAAAAUUGUACUCUAU